CUCGUCGAUGCGGGCUUGUUUACGGUUCUACCAUUGGCCCCUCUUACCGGUGAUUCGGGUUUGGUAACUGCGCUCGUAGAGCGUUGGCAACCCGAGACAUCAACCUUCCACAUGCCAUUCGGUGAGGUGACGAUCACUUUAGAGGAUGUUACAACACUGGCCGGUCUAGGAUUGACGGUGAUGCCGUCGUAG